AGAAGAAGAAGAAGCUUGUUGGUUGUGAUCAGGAAGGAAAUUUCACGUGCCUUCGCCAACAAAUAACGGCUGUAAUAUUUGGUUUUCUAGUUUGCAAGCUAGCUAGGUGGCUAGCUGCCAGUGGAAUAGUUGCUCUUUGGCGAUCUUCCCACGGAGCGCAAGAACGAAAGGUGUUUUUGCAAGAUGUUACACUGAAACACCUUUACCAGUCAAGGGCUGUAACCACCAUUGUCCCGGUUUUCUGGUCAGGAUGUCCUUUCUUCCAGCGCUGUUUAAGUAUGUGGACGAACACGAGGAGGUCUACAUUGAGCGACUGGCCCGGUGGGUGGCUGUGCAGAGUGUCUCUGCCUGGCCAGAGAAGCGCGGAGAGGUCAAGAGGAUGAUGGAAGUGGCUGCAAAGGAUCUGGAGAAACUGGGGGCAACUGUGGAACUGGCAGACAUCGGCAAGCAGAAGCUUCCCAGCGGAAAAGAGAUCCUUCUUCCCCCAAUUGUUCUCGGCCAGCUGGGCUCUGACCCAGGCAAGAAAACUGUGUGCAUCUAUGGUCAUUUGGAUGUUCAACCCGCCAAUAUAGAUGAUGGAUGGGACACAGAGCCCUUCACCCUGGUAGAGAAGGAUGGGAAGUUAUAUGGGCGGGGUUCCACUGAUGACAAGGGCCCGGUGUUGGCAUGGUUUAACUGCAUCGAGGCCUACCAGAAGAUAAGUCAGGAACUUCCAAUCAAUAUCAAGUUCUGCUUCGAAGGUAUGGAGGAGUCUGGAUCAGAGGGGCUAGAUGACCUGGUGUUUGCCCGAAAAGACUCCUUCUUCAAGGAUGUUGAUUAUGUCUGUAUCUCUGACAACUACUGGCUGGGCAAGACCAAGCCCUGCAUCACAUAUGGCCUGAGGGGAAUCUGUUACUUCUUCAUCGAGAUGGAGUGCAGUGACAAAGACCUCCACUCUGGGGUGUUUGGGGGUUCUGUGCAUGAAGCCAUGACUGACCUUAUAGUCUUAAUGGGUUCACUGGUGGAUAAGAAGGGUAGAAUCCUCGUCCCAGGAAUAUAUGAUGCUGUUGCCCCUCUGACGGAGGAGGAGAAGACGCUGUAUGAAAAGAUCGACUUUGACAUGGAUGAGUACUGCCGCGAGCUUGGGGCCUGCAAGCUGCUCCACGACACUAAGGAGCAGAUUCUUAUGCAUCGCUGGAGGUUCCCCUCUCUGUCUCUCCAUGGUAUUGAGGGGGCCUUCUCUGAUGGAGGGGCCAAGACAGUCAUCCCCCGCAAGGUCAUUGGCAAGUUCUCCAUCCGUGUGGUGCCUGAUAUGGACCCAAAGACAGUGGAGAAGUUGGUUAUCAGCCAUCUGCAGAAGAAGUUUGCUGAGCUGGAGAGCCCGAAUAAGCUGAAAGUUUACAUGGGCCACGGAGCAAAGGCCUGGGUGUCUGACUUCAACCACCCCCACUACAUGGCUGGCAGGAAGGCCAUGAAGACCGUGUUUGGGGUAGAACCAGACCUGACGCGUGAAGGCGGGAGCAUUCCUGUGACGCUCACCUUCCAGGAGGCCACCGGACGCAAUGUGAUGCUGCUGCCCAUGGGCUCAGGUGAUGACGGCGCACACUCUCAGAACGAGAAGCUCAACAGGACCAACUACAUCCAAGGAAUAAAGAUGCUGGGUGCUUACUUCCAUGAAGUUUCCCAGCUGGAGUAAGGGACCCCACCCCAGUCCUGGCUUUCGGCAGGCUACUGAUGAAGUCCAGGACAAAAGGAGACGACUGUUCUUUUCCAAGAUUUUUUAAAAUGUCAGAUUAAUUGAGCUGUACUAUGAUGUGGUAAAAUUAACUUUAAAAAGCAUCUGGGUCCUGUCUUGGUGGUAGAGCAUCAUGUAAUGUAAUGUUCCAGUUUUUGAGGUAAUGAGUGUUCAGUGCCAAUGGAUAACUAAUGAGAUUACCUCUCUGACUCUGGAACAUUUUCACCUUAGCCAUGCUGUGUGUAUGAUGUAAAAAGCACUUAUGCAGCACCACUGGGGAUAGGAUUUUUCCUUUAUUUCAGCAGGGCCUUUUCUUAUAAAGGGAUUUCAGUCCUUUCAGAAAGAAUGUAUGUUGUCUUUAAAUUAUGUCUGAAACCUUAAUUGCACAAAAUCCCCUUUAAAUCUGUUUGGGCUCCAUCUUUUCAGGGGCACUGUGAACUGACCAGUUUUUGUCAGAUAAAAUACCAUGUCUGCCUAAAUGGAUCUUUGCUCUUGUGUUCUGCAGUGUUCUCCAUUUCCACUGUGAAUCAGAUACAAAACUGCCUAGAAUCAUUAAAAAGUGCAACAGAAUGCAGCUGUCACUCUAUGAUACUUAAUAUUACAGCAUUUGUGGAUAUUUAUGCUACCUUUCUCAUUGGGCUUUCAAAUCAUUGUGGCUUGUCUGAAGGGGAAAACAUGACUGGAGUGCAGUUUUCAAAUAAGUUGAACACUGCAGCAUAUUGGAACCGUGGUAGCAUGUAGAAUGGUCUCAAAGGUCAUUCUCCCGUUAAUGCAGAAUAGAGAUUUCCAUUACACUCACAGGUACCUGUGUAAUGAUUUCCCAAUACUUUGAUCAGAUUAAUGGCUGUCUUCUGGGAAAGCUGUGCACUUUGAGAUGCCAGCCUAGAGAAACAAAGUACUGGAAGAUGGCAGAGGUGAAAA